AGGUACGAGCGAAAGCGCGAGGCAGCCGCGAACGCUCCUCGCGGCGUUCCAGGAGCCGUAGCCGCCACGGCUCCCAGAUAUAUUUUUGCCAUCAUGGAUCGGUUUGGAGAUAUAUCAGAAGGUGAAGUGGACCAUUCUUUUUUUGACAGUGACUUUGAAGAAGCAAAUAAAUGUGAAAAUAACUUAUUAGUUUUUGACAGACAGAAUGAUGGUCUUAAAGAGAGAAUAGAUAAAGAUACAGAACAUGUACAUUUGACAUUUGGAAUACAAACAAAGGAAAAUUACCUUAAUGAAAAAGGAAAUGAAAGAAAAGCAAAACUUGUUUUAGAUGAACACCCUGUAGCAAAUGAUAUACAAAUCAAAAGUUCAUCAUUAACUACUUGUUCGAGAUCAAAAAAAUUACGUGAUACUACAACAGGACAUAAAAUACACUUGCCCAUGCCGAGUAGAAUUCCUAAAAUUGUAAAAGAAGGUGAGGAUGAUUACUAUACAGAUGGAGAAGAAAGCAGUGAUGAUGGAAAAAAACAUCUUGUGAGAUCAAAGUCAGCUAAACCAUCUAAUAACUUUAAAAAAAAUGUAAGUAAAAAGUAUUCUAAGGUCAGUUCCUCUUCAUCUUUAUCUUCCUCAUCUUCAGAUUCAGGUACAGACUUUUCAGAUACUGAAGCUAAUGUCCGUAAAUCUUCAUCAAAGAAACAAAUACCUAGUGUAACUGUCUUAUCACCAAAACAAAAAAAUAAGCCAAGAAAAAAAUUAACAGGGACACAACCUUCAAGUAGUAAGCCAAAAAUGGGAGACACUGAAGAAUCUGAAGAUACUGUGACAGAUGUUACUCCUUUGUCAACUCCAGACAUCAGCCCUGUUCAGUCUUUUGAACUGGGAACAUCAAAUCAUCAAAAAGUAAAAGUUAAAAAACAAGAAAAUGUGAACCAAGAAGUUUAUGAAGAUGUUGAGGUUUUAAGAAAGGAUUCCAAAUAUUUGAAAGCAAUCAAAAAAGGAAAAGAAAAACACGUGCCCCAUCUUGCCCCAAAGUCACCAGUGUUAGAGUCUAAUUUAGACCAAAGACAUAAACAGAAAGUCUUGCAUGACACAAUGGACCUGAAUCAUCUUUUAAAAGCUUUUCUACAAUUAGAUAAAAAGGGAUCACAAAAGCAGCACUUUGAUCAGCCUUCGGUACUACCUAGGAAAAACUACUCUUUCACAAGAGAGGAGGUGAGACAGAUUGACCGGGAAAAUCAGAGGCUUUUGAGAGAACUCUCAAGACAGGCUGAAAAACCAGGAAGCAAAAGUAUUCCCGGGAGAUCAAUUGGCCAUCCUCCUAAGUUGUAUCAUAGUGCUCUCAACAGGCAGAGGGAACAACAAAGGAUUGAAAGAGAAAAUCUGGCUUUAUUGAAAAGGCUUGAAGCUGUGAAACCAACAGUUGGUAUGAAGCGCUCAGAUCAGCUAAUGGACUACCAUCGCAAUAUGGCUUAUCUCAACCCAGUUACACCCUCAAGACGAGUGAGAUCUACUCUUAGCCAAUACAGUUCAUUACGAGGUGCUUCCAGGACAUCAAGUGCUACCAGUGGUCUCAGUUGUAAGACUGAAAGAUCACUUUUUGACAAACCCAGUAGCCUGUUGCUAAGACCUAAACCCCAUAAUGUUCGUACUGCUUGGUUAUAAAACCUUUUUUAGUUUAUACAUUGUUCAUCCACAUUUUACUGAUGGGCUUGUGUAUAUUACUGUCUCUGUAAAAACAUUCAUAUUGUUUUUCAGAAAUUUGUGUAGCAGUUGUAAUUUAUUAAGUACACAAUUGUCAUCUAAAAGAUAAUUUAAUGUGAAAUCAGUAUUUCUUAUGAUGACGUAUUUAUAUGAGAUACAUAUUUGGUAAUAUGCAUGUAUGUUUCCUUAGUAUAGAAACUGAUCAGGUGUCAUGCUGACAAAACAGUAGUAAUAGUGUUGUUGCAUGCUGAAGCAAGGUGUUCAUAUAAUUCUCACUUCAUUUUUUUGUUGUUGUUGUUUUUGUAAGUUUUAAACUGAGGGUUUAUCUCCUCAAUUUGACUUACUUUCCUGUUUGCUUUAGAGCUUGGUGAGAGACACAACUUGAUUGUAUGAGCAUUAUGCUUAUUAUGAAACAAAUCUUGAAAUUGUUUGCAUGAAUGGAACUGACUUAGAUUUGAUGAGCAGAUUGAAAGCAGUUUGUACUGGGGAAAUCCUUGCUAGUCCACCAGAGAUAUCUUGAAGACUAUGUAAGAGUCAGGCUUUAAAAUUUUGAUUAGCCAUUCUAGACCAUUUCACACUUUGAAUAAUAGAAAGGUUAACUUGCAAGCUCCUCUUUUAUGUUUGCAUACACUCAAGUGAAGUACUUUUAAUGAUUCAGAGAAAGGAGGUUGGCUUUAUAGCUACAGGGUACUGCCUGUGAUGAGUUUGUCCACAGAACAUAUCAGUUGCAUCAUAAGUGAAAGCAAACAUUCGUUAAAUUAGUGACUAGCACCACAAACCAAUCCAGAGAGACAAGCAGAUCCUGAGAUGUGUCAGAGCAGUGUUUUAAAUGAUACUAUUAUCAUGUUGUGCUGUAGUUUCGUGCUUACUAUGUUAGAAGAAGGUUUAGAACAAGAAAGAGAUGCUUUAGAAAUAACAGCUGGUGUUAUAAGGUCUGGGAAGGAAAACAUGACCAGUAGGAGAAAUAAAUCACACAUUGGUUGAGACUACUGCUUUUAAAUACUAGUGAAUUUUCUGUUUUAGUUUGAUUUGGUUUAUUUGGUUGAAUCUAGGAAGUCUGUUUUUUACCAGUUUUACCAUUUAAGGGCCCAGUGAUCUGGAUGGGAUUCUUGAUGAUAGAUAAAGUAGAGAAGAGUUGAUUUUUGAAAUCAGAACAUUUUUCCCUCAGUCAGUAAUCUCUUGUUUCAUAGAACAAAAUCUGAUAGAUAGCACUGCUACUUACUACUGGCCUUUUUAUUAGCAUAGCACCAGUAAGAUUUGAUUUUUCCAGUACUCAAACUCGGUAGUAUGUGUGCUACACCUGCUUUUUUUUUAGCACCUUUAGCAUUGAGGCAAACUGCACUUUACAAACAUCAAUUCACAACUUCUUGCUCUUAGUUUGUAUUCAUAGAGUUUGCUUAGGGCAUUGGAGUUAAAAAUUGAUGAGAAUGUCACUUUUCUGUGAGGGUUUUCUGCUGCUUUCUUUGAGCUAUAGCAGUUGUCAACAAUGUUUUGAUGCAUUUUUUGAUGCAGUUUUUAUGCCUGCUUUACAUAUACACUUGAACUAUAAUAAACCAAGAUUUAUUUUCUUUUGUUUUUUAACUUAUUGCAUUUUUUACUGUUUGUAUGGCAACUUCUCUUUAAGGAGAGAUAAGAUAAAUGCUGAAUUGGAAAACUCAGCCUUUAGACAUUUGCGCAAUAGUGAGUACCUUUUAAAAAUAGACUUUGUUGAGGUGAAAAAAAAUUCUCAUGUAUAACUUUAUGUUCAUAGUGGCCUUAGUCUUGGAGUACAUUUAUGUUUUCUACUGCCAAGUGCCAGGGUAAGAAAUACCUAAUUUCAUAAAUAAAACAGUACUUGGAUUUUAUAUCCUAAUUUAAUGCCUUUAGUGUUUAGUACCUUGAAAGAGAAGUUUGUCUUAAGUAUUAACAAGCAUCCAACUUGAAGGAAAAAUUGGGUAGAAUAAUGAUAUCUUAACCAGAAUUUACAAUAUUGUUGUCACGGUAGAUUAUAUAUGAUGAAUAUAAACAAAAUAGAUGGACAGGAGUUGAAAAUGUGUUCUGAUAUAACUCAAGGUACUUUGAAGUAGUUAUGGCUUAUGAAGUAUUCUCUAUAAAAUAAUCCUAAAUAUAUCACUCUGCAUUUUCAAGGACGGAAAAAAAUAAAAGAUCUAGCACUGUUUUGUAUUUGUUUAAUAUGUGUCCUUUGAAGAUUUACAUGUGUAACUAGACAGUGUACCAGUCUGAGGUCUAGUUAUUUGACCGGAUCCCUACUCUGUCAGGUGUUAAACUGACAUUGCCUCCCUUAUAAUAGUUUCUGUGGAAGAUUUUAAACUAGUAAAAUUAAGGGAUAGCUAGUGUCUCAUACUUGUUCUAUUCCUUUUUCAAUUCUCAAUUUUAAAAAAAUGCUUCCUUAGCUACUGUUCCAAAUAAAGUUUUCUGGUUCAGUUAUAAAUGUAGUGUUAAGCAGUUGUUUCAAACCUAUUAUUCCAAUGCCCAGAGUGGAUAUUUAGACAACUUUUAAAAUAUGAUUGUGAUAGGUAUGACUGUGUGCUUCUCAAAUACUGCAGCUCUGCAAAGUAUUAAGACCAACUAAGAGAUGUGAUUUUAUUUUAAUAAUUAAAUUCAUAAAAAGUUUACUAUCUUAAAUGCUGAAGUCUUAACCUAUAAUUGAUUUUUAUACCAUCUUAGAAAAUGUAAUUAAGGUUAGUAGCUAACUUUAUUUUCAUGAGUAAAGAUUAGGAAGAAACUUGAAAAACAUCUGUAGUCUAUUGUCAUGGAUUUUAGGCAUGAAGAACUAGCUUGGAGUAGUGGAAAAGGAAAUAAAAGAAUUAAAGAUAAUUGAA